GCACCGUCUCAGAUCCCAUAUCUCCAACAUACUGAGCACUUAGGCAUUAGGAGAAUUCAGACAUUUUGAAGACUUGGGAGUCAUCCAGACAUAAAGAGUAGGAGUACAUGCCAACAGGGUUAUGAUGAGGCUGACAUCAGUACUUGCCCUCACCCUGUUCUGUCUCUGUGUGGGAGCAGUCUCAACCAUCAAGAGACUUUAUCAUAUGGCAGAUCUGACAAGCAUCACAUUUGGCAAGAAGUUUCCCCACCAUGGACUCAUGUUACUCUACUGGUUCACUUUACACAUAGAGUUUGACAGUCAAGAUUUUAUCCUGCCUAAAGAUUAUGAUCCCACGGACGGAGACUAUGGGUGCAAAACCUAUGCAAAUACGCAGAAGCUUCUCCCAAAGAUCCCCCGUAACACCGAAGAUGAGUCAUAUUACAUCAUUGGGAAUCUCAAAAAUGAAGCAGCUAAAUUCCCUACCUAUGUCAACCAAGAUUACUACAAUGCGUACUGUGCGCUGGAAGAAAACGCCAACAGAGAUGACACCAACAGGAACCGAGACAGAAUUAUUUUCCGACUGAAAGUUCUCCCCAGUGGCCUCCAUCUAAAAGAGGUCUACAUCACACAGACUGCUGUCACAGGUCUCCGUUUGAGUCACGACCUCACCUACGAGAUCUCAGCGCAACUUCUGAAGGAGAUAAGAGACAUCACGCAGCACAAAGUAGCCAUUCUCUGUCCGGCUCUGAAACCGAAGGAAGAAGAAGCUCACGGCAUGUUCGAAGACCAGAACCUCGCGUGGUUCCUCACCCUUGCCGAUUAUGACAUCUACCGCCGGGAGCUUUGCCUCAGUAACACCCAUUGCUCCGACUACACCCUUGGUGUUGGAGAGGAGUGCAUGAGCCACCUGCACUGCACGCCAGGCAGCACGGAGGGCGAGGUCUGCGACUGGAACCCAGUGAGACUGAAGGUGAGCACCACAGCUCAAGGCUAUGCCGUAGUGAAUUGGGCCAACAUACCAGAUACCAGAGUUGAAGAUGAGGGCUUGACCGUGGCGCUGUUUCAAAAUGACGAUAGCUCAGAUAUCCUUGCAGAGAAAGCUGUCCAUGACCUCGCCUCUGGUUCUUUCCCCACCAAUACAACUCUGAACGCAGGGCUUCAGGUGAGGCUCCUGCUAAAGGGAUCAAAGCAAACAGAAACUCUCUGGAGAGGCCCUGAGCUUGAUGGCAAGAACCCCACGAAGAUCCAAGGGUAUGAUGCCAGCAUACAGCUUUUCACAAGAGAUGGAUUGGCUUAUGCACGGUUCUAUGUAAAAAAAUCCUUCACGAACUGGAAGGCUAGUUUUCCAUCCUGGUAUAUAGGUUAUAUUCCGAUUCCAGAGGCUUCAUAUGCGACUUAUGUAUAUGCAAAAGACUUAGUCCAAACAACAGAUCAUAAGUUUGCAGAAUUAGAUGUUUAUGAGCAUUUCUUUAACCAAAAAAUGGCUCCAAGAGCCUUGCUUCGGUUUUUCGAUUAUCAAAAUAAGGUAAGGGCGCAGACCAAGCCUUGGGAUGAUUAGACAAAUCUAUAUGCCAGAGCUAGAGCUAACUCAAGGGUUACCAUUGUCUUUAAACCCUUAUUUACACAAUACUCUGUAAAGUAUUAUUUCUUUCUUUCUGCUUUCUAGAUAAAAAAAAACGUUUUUGUUCAAAAAAAAAUUCUUUUCAAUGACAAUUAAGUGAAUGUUAUACACAAGCUUCAGUACUGUAACGAGCAAUCAAUAAAUGCAAGUCAAAUGUUAA